AUGACCAGCUUCAUAUUCUCCUUAUUGACUGAUCUCGGAAUUCGCACCAGACCCCGCCCUCCCCACUCUGACCAAGCGGAGACACCUCAACGUCAAACCCACCCGGCAAACAGCGGUCACCCCGAUCCUGCUCUUUCAACCAUCCAACAAAGUGGUGAUUCGCAAUCGGUCAGCGGAAAUGCAGGAUCUUUGCCUGCGCCUCCUUUCUUCACAACCCUACCCAAAGACAUGGACGGCCGAGCUUCGGACCCGGAAGGCGUUCGAAUAAUGCCUGAAGAUAGCCCUCUCCCAAGUGACACAUUGGCGACCGCUCGGCACACCGCCGACAUUGUACGCACGGCUGCUGAUGUUGUCGAUAUAGGGGACCUGGCAAACGUAGAAUUUGGACAUCGCGAGGUGACGGAGCCACCAACUACCAACCCCCCAGUUAGAAGCGACGGAGCUGGGAGAUCACCAAACCCUGCUUUCAACUUGGCGGAAUCGAGUCAAAUGUCUCUACCCGCUGAUGAUGGCAUGGGUUGGCUCAGAAAUAAAAUACACGCUAUUCGCGAACUUGAUCUCAGCAACGACGAUAAAGCACGGAUGGUUCACGAGCUGAUGACAGAAAGUUAUAACUCCUGUCGAACUCUUGCCCCGAAUCUUGCAUCAACGAUAUCUCCCACGCUUAGCACUCCACGGCCGGUCCAGCUAGAAAGUCCGCCAACCCUACGAAGCAAACUUUUGCAGGAUUUAGCUCCGCUGAGCCCGACAUUGACGGCAUCGAUUUCUCAGUAUCAGCAUCAGUUUACCCUGACUUCGGAGGAUUUGCAGCCUACUUAUGUUCCGAAGGUGGAGCUUGAGUCUCCAGUGGUUGAAACGGGCGAGGAGACGGGAAAAGAAGAUCCAGACACCGAAGAGUUGGAGGAGACGUCUCUUGGUUGUCAGCACUACCAUAGGAAUGUCAAAAUCGAGUGCUUCAGUUGCAAAAGGUGGUACACAUGUCGAUUUUGCCACGAUAAAGUCGAAGACCACCAUCUCAUUCGCCGAGACAUCGAGAACAUGCUAUGCAUGCUAUGCGGCCAUGCCCAGCCCGCGGCGCAUGACUGCAGAAAAUGUGGAGAACAGACUGCUCAAUAUUUUUGUGAGAUCUGCAAACUUUGGGACAAUGACGGAAAUAAAAGCAUUUAUCAUUGUAACGACUGUGGCAUUUGCCGGAUUGGUCAGGGGCUUGGCAAGGACUUUUUUCACUGCAAGACAUGUUCUGUAUGCUUACCCAUCUCGAUCGAGGAUACUCAUCGCUGUAUCGAAAGGUCCACCCAAUGCGACUGUCCCAUCUGUGGCGACUAUAUGUUCGAUUCGCCAGAGACUGUGGUUGUGAUGCGAUGUGGCCACAGUCUUCACCACAAGUGUUUGUCAGAAUACUCGAAGACCUCGUUCCGUUGUCCUAUCUGCAGCAAGACUAUUACCAACAUGGAAUCGACUUUCAGGAAUCUCGAUCGCACUAUUGAAAGCCAACCUAUGCCUGAAGAAUUUAAAGACACCAAAGGUUUGAUAUAUUGUAACGAUUGCGGUGCAAGGUCAGCUGUCAAGUAUCAUUGGUUGGGGUUGAAGUUUUUGCAAGGUGAUAUUUCCGAAGCGCUUGAAGAGGAAAACGUCAGGAAUCUCCCACAUCGGCCACGGUCGUCGUCCCUGAAUGUGACUGGAGAUGCAACGGCAUCAUUGGCAUCGUUGCAUCUUAGUGCUAGCCAGGUGACCCAGUCCCAACUCAGUGUCCCAGGAGCCGCCGGAUCCGAUCGACAAUUUGUGUCCUACAAUAUGACUCACGGACGUGCCAUUUCACCUGUGGUUAGCAACUACUUCGGUCUACCGACUGAACGCGAGUCAGAGAAACCAUCCUCCAUGCCCUUUUUUGGGGGUGCAUCUCAAGAUAAUUCCGGGGGUGAUUAUGGUGCAUUGAACUUUUUGAGCAAGAAGCUCCGAGAUCGCUAUGGAUUCCUUGCAGGUGAGACGGCACUCACCGAAGGCACGUCCGAAGCUGAAGAUGAAGACGACGAUGCGGGUUCUGGUAAUUCUUCGGAGUUGGAAGAGGAGGAUGGUGGGGAGGAUGGUGAGGAGGAGGAAGACGAAGGAGCUGAGCACAUCGAUAUUUUUGGUCAUCGAUAA